AAACAAUUACAAGUACAGGAAGAAGUCUUUUGUUAGCGAGACGUUCAUUAUGUCUCAGGACUGCUUUUUGAAUGGCAAAGAUGGAAAAAACUUUGGUUCAUCGCGAGGCUUAAGUGGUUUGGUACGACUGUCUGAAUGCAAUGAUGAAGUAAAAUAUCAUUUGAUAAGCUGUCACCUGUCUAAAGAGGUCUUAAGAGAAAAUGAGCUAAUCUUGGCAAGGACUGGCCUAUUUCACCUCGCUCAGGAGGAUAAACAAAAAAUGUGGAUUUGCUAUAGGCAUCGCCACACUUUGGGGAAGUUUUGGAGAAGUGCAAAGGUAACAUGUCAGUAUCCUGAUCAUGAUGGUGUCAGGAAGAUCAAAUCACCUGACAACGCAAUACACUUAUUUAUGCGUACAGUUCACAAUUAUUUGCUAAAUCUGCAAUCGCUUACCUCAGCUCUAUGUGUCCCAUGCCGUAAGAAGCACAAGAAAAAAGUUGAUGAUAGUGAGUCUUGGCCGAGACAAGAAGAAUCAGAGAAGAAUCUACGGUCCCAAGAAACGCCACUUUUAAACACGAGACAACUAAGGUAAAUUGAAUAGGGUGGUAUUUGUUUUAUUGAAAACUAUGGUUCAGAAUAUAAGAUACGCGAAUUACUCUGCCCACCGAUUUUUUCUUACAUUCUGUUAAUUAAAAAUUUCAGUAAUUAUUAAGGCUUUCUUGUUGAUCUUCGUAAUAGUAACAGUUUCCAGGCUCCGAGGGGAGCAAAAGAGAGAACAAUUUUCUGUGUAGUUAGGUAAGGCAACGUGCCAGCUUUAUACUUCAUCCAGCGUGAUAAAGAUGAUGAUGACAACAAUGGGUAAAAGCACCGUCUGCUAAUAAUGACGAUUAUCAUAGUUAUAAACAAAUCUCAGUUAUAGUCCUGAAAAAAAUCUUAGGGGGUCCUUUGAACCAUCCACUUCAUCUCGCCAGAAGUCAAAG